AUGACAGCUGACAUCUCAUCAGUGUUGCCACACUUUAGGUUUGUCCUAUUCAAAAAACACUAUGACAAGUAUCUACACCUCUCCCAGAAGUAUGAAGAGGCUAGGAGUAUUGCCUAUUAUUUAGAAGAGAAGUAUCAUGAAGUAAAGACAGAAAGAGAUGAUUUAAUAAAACAGAGAGACCAGCUGUCUAAGAGAUUAGAGUCUAGUGAAUCGCUUUUCAGAGAAAAAGAAGAUGAGGUAUUUUUACAAUUUGAAAGAGUUGUAUACCUGGAAGAACAAUGUGAUAAGUUGAAAGCUGAAAAAGAAAGGUACUUGGAGCAAAAAGUGUUAAUAGAGAAAGAACGGGAUGAUGCCUUGAGAAUUCUUCAAGAACAAGCAAAAGAAUCGGAAUACAACAGAAGGAAAUUAGAGAGAGCCAGACAAGAAGUGGUUCACCAUAUGACAAAAAUAAAGAAUGAGAAAGACUACUUAGAAAAAGAAGUGAGUACCUACUUGAUAUCAUCAUAUUAUUUUGGGGCAUUGCCUGUUAAUUAG